UACGAGGGGAAGAUGUCUGUGUGAGCGCACGCACAUGCUGAAAAGAACAAGGGUCUGCCUCAUUUGCAGACAGUGACAUUUAGAUCGUGUCCCGCCUACAAGGCGUGGAGUCGUGUCUCCUUUCCACAAGUCUCUCACUGGGGACGCAGGGAUUACCGGGUGGACCAUAGAUGGCCCGGACACGGGGGAUUCUUUCCUCUUUUUUCCUGUAGGGUGCUCUAACCACAACACACAGGUAUGCCACCCCCGGCUGACAUUGUGAAGGUUGCCAUUGAGUGGCCCGGUGCCAAUGCUCAGCUUAUAGAGAUGGACCAGAAGAAACCCUUGUCCUCUAUAAUACGGGAAGUAUGUGACGGGUGGUCUUUGUCGGGCUCUGAGCAGUUCGCUCUCCGUUAUGCUGAUGGUCCUCAGCUUUACAUCACUGAACAGAGCCGCGGUGACAUUAAGAAUGGGACAAUCCUUCGAUUAGCAAUUUCCCCGGCUCGUGCUGCUCGUCAACUCUUGGAGAGGAUCCAGUCGCAUGGUAUUGAUGCUCGCCUCGAGGCUCUGAAGGAGCUCGCAAAGUUGUCCGCAGACCCGACUUUUGCUGCAGAGUUCAUAAAUAUGGAAGGCAUAGGGACUCUGGCUCGACUUGUCGAGAGUGGCACCCAUUUUGGGGAAAUGUUGGCCUUCACUCUCACUGCGUUCCUGGAGUUGAUGGAUCACGGCAUUGUAUCCUGGGAUCUGAUCUCCCUCUCCUUCAUCAAACAGAUUGCAGGUUAUGUGAACCAGCCCAUGGUGGAUGUGUCCAUCCUGCAGCGCUCCUUGGCCAUCCUGGAGAGCAUGGUCCUGAACAGCCACAGUCUCUACCACCGCGUGGCCCAGGAGAUCACCGUGGGACAGCUCAUCGGGCACCUGCAAGUGUCAAAUCAGGAAAUCCAGACCUACGCCAUCGCUCUCAUCAACGCUCUUUUCCUGAAGGCACCAGAAGACAGACGGCAGGAGGAGUGUACUAACCCACUGGAGCAGCACCUCACCGAAAUGGCAAGCACUUUGGCUCAGAAGCACCUGCGGUCCAUAAUCCUAAAUCACGUCAUCAGGGGAAAUCGACCAAUCAAAGCAGAGAUGGCACAUCAGCUGUAUGUGUUACAGGUGUUGACCUUUAACCUUUUGGAAGAAAGGAUGAUGACCAAAAUGGAUCCCAAUGACCAGGCUCAGAGAGACAUCAUUUUUGAGCUGCGCAGAAUUGCCUUUGAUGGAGACACUGAUCCCACCGGUACAGAGAAGAGGAAAGCAAUGUACACCAAGGACUACAAGAUGCUCGGCUUCACUAACCAUUUGAACCCGGCCAUGGACUUUACCCAGACUCCUCCUGGGAUGCUGGCUCUGGAUAACAUGCUUUAUCUGGCCCGGGUUCAUCAGGAUACUUACAUCAGAAUCGUGCUGGAGAACAGCAGUCGGGAGGACAAGCAUGAGUGCCCCUUUGGCCGCUGCGCGAUCGAACUUACUCGGAUGCUGUGCGAGAUUCUCCAGGUCGGAGAACUGCCAAACGAGGGCUGCAAUGAUUAUCACCCCAUGUUCUUCACUCAUGACCGCGCGUGGGAGGAGUUCUUCUGCGUCUGCAUCCAGCUGCUUAAUAAAACAUGGAAGGAGAUGAGAGCCACGGCUGAGGACUUCAACAAGGUGAUGCAGGUGGUCCGGGAGCAGAUUACCAGGGCUCUGGCCAUGAAGCCGUCCUCCAUAGACCAGCUGAAGAACAAGCUGCGAGGCCUCAGCUACUCUGAGAUACUGCGUCUGCGGCAGUCAGAAAGGAUGAGCCAGGACGACUUCCAGUCUCCGCCCAUCAUAGAGCUGCGGGAGAGGAUUCAACCCGAGAUCUUGGAGCUCAUCAAGCAGCAGCGGCUCAACCGGUUGUGCGAGGGAAGCUGCUUCCGUAAACUGGGGAACCGUCGAAGGCAAGAAAAGUUCUGGUUCUGCCGAUUAUCUCUUAAUCACAAAGUUCUGCACUACGGGGAUUUGGAGGAGUCACCUCAGGGUGAAGUGCCUUUUGAGCUACUGAGUGACAAGAUCCCUGUCUCAGACAUCAAGUCUGUGUUAACAGGAAAGGAUUGCCCUCAUAUGAAGGAGAAAAGUGCUCUAAAACAAAACAAGGAGGUGCUGGAGCUGGCCUUCUCCGUCCUCUACGAUCCGGACGAAACGCUUAAUUUUGUUGCACCGAACAAAUACGAGUAUUGCAUCUGGACCGACGGGCUGUGUGCGCUGCUGGGCAGAGAGAUGGGCAGUGACCUGACACGCAGCGACCUAGAUACCCUCAUAAGCAUGGAGAUGAAGCUCCGCCUCCUCGACCUUGAGAACAUCACGAUCCCAGAAGCCCCGCCUCCAGUGCCAAAGGAGCCUAGCUCUUACAACUUCUCCUACAACUACAGCUGAGUUGUGCGUGUGCUUCUGUGUGUGCUCGAAUGCCAUGCAUGCAUGUAUUGAUAAAAGACACGUCUACUCAUCUGUCGAUGAAUUUAGCUGCUUAUAUUUAUAAGGGUUGAUUUUCUUUCCCAGAACUUUAAAAACACACGUUUAGGAUGCAGUAUGGUUGUCAGACUUAAAACAAAAAAACAAACAAAAAAAAUGUGAUAAUAGCUUUAUGGUGGGGUCAGAGGUUAAACUUUACUUAACAGUUGAGAACCCCGACAGCAUCUUCAUCUCCUCUAAUUCAGAAAUGAAACCGGAGCUUUUAGUUUCUCGGUAAAGUGAAGGCGUUCUUGCUAAGUCGAGCUAUGCGUGGUAGCCAUGGCAACUGGUAAUGAAGGGGCUGCUGUUUCAGUUUAAACGUUUAAAAUUUGCUGUGGUACUGCUCGUUCCUCCACUUGUACAGUAAAACACAAUCAGCUCUACACUUUUUCUCCACUAUUGCCUCAUUAAUAUCAAGUUAUAAACAUGUUGGACCGUCAUUAAGCUGGACAGCUUUCUCUGUAGCAGCCUGUUUCUGCUAUGAAAUGAGAUGUACGUGUGCUAGAGAAAUCUUCAGACGGGGAUUAAUUUUUGUUGACGAUAAAUAUCAGGACUGGCACGAGUCCAGGUGCUGAAACCUCCAUUUGUGUCUUCACAAAGUUUGUUGUUUUUCUGAGCAGUUGCUAAAUCUGCUGAUUGGAAACCCAAAUUGGAUCACACAAACAAUCAAAACCGGACUAGAUUUGGUCAUUGUUACUGGAUGAGGGCUGGUAGUAAGCAGUUACCAGCACAAAGCUGAGUUUACACACCUGGUGUCACUGAUCGCUGACGCUGCCUGAAUUUCUUUUUUUCUCACAUUUUUCUUGGCUGCUCUACAGUAUCGGCUCACAAAAGGGAUUCAAUUACCUAAUUCAGUUUUCAUUCUUUGUGUGUAUGUGUCUGAGUGUGGACAUCUUCAGGUUUUUUUGUGUGUUCAUAUUGGUUCCCAAACUGUGGUAUAAACACCAGUAGUGAUGCACUCCUGGUAAACUGGUUUUUAUGAGCUUGGUCGCUGUAUUUACUUACCAGUAUAACUUGGUGCAGCAUUUUGACAAACCUGCAUGAUGUAGUUGUAACAAACAUAAAGAUAUUUUAACAGAGAACAUUUUUGUAUAUGAAGUAGAGAUUCACCAAUAUAUCUACAACAAUAAGGAUCUGGCAUUUUUCUAAAGACUAAAAGAAUAGUUUUUCCCUACUUAUGAAAUGUCUUUAUUGACAUGCAGUAUGCUUUGAUACAUUUCAUCCAUCCAUUUUCUUUACACCCUUGUCCCUUAAUGGGGUCAUUAAAUCUUUAAGGUCUUAUGGUCCUUUGAAUAAGAAAAUCUUAAUCAAUCAAAAUUGAAAUUUGGAAGUCAGACUUUUUAAAAUAUCUGGAAAUUGGUAUCAGCCAAAAACAAAAAAUCCUAAUUGCUCUAGAGGUUAGCCAGAGUAAUGCAUAAAUUACACAGCAUGAGUUUAUAAUAUACUUCCAUAAUUAACAGUUUAACAGUGUUAAAAAGUAUUAAUAUAUUUAGUCAGUUCUCUGUUGUGCAUAAGGAAAAAGAGAAAACAUUUCUUCAAUGUUUGAUAUCAGAUGUCUACAACUACAUAUCAUGCUGGAUACAAAGUAGGUAAAGAUGGUUUUUAAUAUAAAUGCUAUGUGGUGUUGUGUUUUCGCAACUUAAGGCAUGGCGUUUCAGUUUGCAUCAUAAAAACUUACCUUGCAUUGCUUAAACGAAGGAAGCCGCUUCUAUUCGUUUUACCAGUUUAACAGUUUAACACUCUCACUGCACAGACCAGGGGAUUUAAGGAGCUUCUCUGCAAUCUACUAUUGAAACUAUGCUGGAUUUUCCAAUCCUAUGAAACUCAAACUUUC